GCGGUCUGUGUCCUCGCGGGGGGUGACGGGCUCAGGCUCAGGCUCAUCUUCUUCCGUCUUGUCUUCUUCCUCCUCCUCAGUGUCCGGCCCCUCCUCCUCUUCUGGCUCGGCAGGUCGGGCAGGAUGGGGCUGGCCCUCAAAGGGCGGGCUGCUGUCGACGUAGUAGGGCUGGGUGUCGAACUGACCGCCGUAGUGCUCUCAGUAGGCCUUGGGGUUCUUCUCGUACAGGACUUUGCCCACUGGGGCGCCCUGGGCAAUCCACACCGUCCUGCCGCGACCGCGGCCUGCAUCGACACACACACACACACGAACAGCAGAAUGCAGCAAGGACAGACAGGCGCAAACAAGGGGAGGGGGCUCUGUCUGUUGGAUUGUGUCCAUACUUCGUGUGCCUUUGCCCCAUUCUUUGGGUCUGAAUGGUGCGGCGUCGCCUUGUAUGGUGGCCACCUUGGCCAUGUUAUUCGCACCUUCCUGCGCUCGGACGAUGGUCGCGUCGCCGUCGCAAUAACCGCGAAUAGCCUGGAUGCAUACAAACAAGGAUGCGCACACACAGGCGACACAUAGGGGUGCAGUCAUUCAUUCAUCGCGACACCACACACACACCGCGACCGAUGGAUGGAUGGACUCACGUGUGCUGCAGCUGUGAAAUAGGUUGCCACUGCCUUCCCGUCGGACAGACACCCACGGUACCACGCCACCUCCUCAAGACAUGAGACAUGACGCACGUCACGCACACAGACACACACACACACACAGAGAGAGAGAGGGGGAGAGAGAAUCAACAAUGAACGUCUUGGCGCUUUGCCGCUGAGUGCACCCCUUCGCCCCUGUGUGCCUACGUGGUCGAAUUCGGAGCCUGCCAAAACGACGUGUGCGACAGGCCAAACGACAGGCCAAAUGUAGACCAUCCUGGGUGUACGACGGCGAAAUCGUUUUGCCUACCUGGGUCGGAUUUGCGCUCGCCGGGGGGAGGGCCACGCACGAGGUCACCGGGCAUCCACGUCACGACUGCAUGACCACACAAACACACACACGGGGCUCCAUAAACGGGGCCAGCCAACAUUCUGCCCCGGUGUGUGUGUGUAUGUGUGUUUCCCUCCCUCCCUCCCUCCGUUGCUCUCUAGUUUGCUUACUCUGCUGAAACUUGUAGAAAGAUUUCAUUUUGGUAUCGGUGUUCUGGGCCCACUCUCGCCAGGCGUCAGCGUCGGUCUUGGAGGCAUGCUUGUUCUUGUCUGUAUGGGUGUGGAGGCGCGGAGGCACACGCACAGUUAGCAUACCAACACAGACAGACAGAGAUCAGUGACACACCCACAGAACGGUAGGUAUCACGUCCGUCCGUCCGUACUGUUGUAUUGUGUGGCAUGCUCGCCAAUCGCCUCGGCCAGGGGAGCGAGGGCCUUACGGCUGCACACACACACACACAGACAGGAGAGGGAAACCACACACCCCACACAUGGAUGGAUGGAUGGACACAUAGAUCUGCCGCACGUAGAUCUGUGUGCAGGGGUGUGUAGUGUGGUGUGGUGUGGUGUGGUGUGAUGUGGCAGGGUACCCUUCGGCUGUGCAUACGACGUCGUUCCACCAGUCGGAUAUGAGCUUCUUGCCCACGAGGUGGUGAUAGGU